AUGCAAACGAGCCAGCACAAAGUUCUACAAGUUCAAUUUCUUGAAGCGAACUACAAAUUCGAACUUUGUAAAACGAAUGGUGAUCAACAAACGAAUCUUGAUAUCUCGAAUUCAAAGACUGUUACUAUAAAGGUUACUGCUCAGCAAAUCAAUCAACAUGGAAACAAUCGCAUGUUCAUCUGUCGAUAUCUUUCAGCCAAUGAUCAAGACCAAGAUCAAGAUUCCGAUCAUAACAACGACUCGAAGCCUCCCAAGAUAUUUAUUGCCAAAGAGUUUGGGGAUAAUAAAGAUGAACUUGAUACUUAUGAGCGUCUCGCAUCUUUACAAGGCGUUUAUAUUCCUAAGUGCUUCGGGGAAAUUUGUUGGAAGGAUGAAGAUGAGACAGAUACUGAUGCCGAAAACGAUCUUAUGUAUUACAAAUACAAAAAGGCUUUGGAAGUUAUUGGAAAUAAAGAGAUAUUUCAUGGGGAUAUUGCAUUUAGGAAUCUUAUGUGGUCGGAGAACAGAGGUGUAAGGAUUAUCGAUUUUGAGAACGCGAAAAUGGAGACUGAAAUAUUAAUGAGAGGUGGAAAUUCGGUUCAGCGACAAAACUUUAUCGAUUUGAAAUGUCUUUUCAAAGUGGAGGAUAACGAUAUCAUUCGUGAGAAUUUGCCAAUCAGAUUUACCAGACAGGUAUUGGAGCCACCUGUUUUGUCAAAGGAGAUGCUGGAACGAUACUGGCUGGACCGGAAGAUAGGUGAACGAUUGGAGGAAAAUUAG